AGAGUUAAGAUCUGCUCUGAACAUUUGCAAGCUUGUAGCUUAGUUAUAUUGACUUUUUGUAUUCAUGCGUUUGGAUUGAAUAUUAAAAUUGUGAAUAUUGUAGCCUACUUACAGAAGCUCAUCAUUUCGCACCAGGACAAUACCAUCGCUCAGGGCCAUUAAUGUUUAGAUUCUGUUGGAGGAAGAGGGUGGAGGUGUCUGUCCUAUAGACAGCAGGACCGGACCUAAAAGAUAACCGACCCUAUGCCUGUACCACUGAAUCAAUGGAUGACAGCUGUGACAGCUUUUGCAAGGUCAAAGUCUUGCUGAACCGCAGGCUGUGGGCAUUCCAGUGGGCCGUUGAUCUGAGCAUUGACUGCCAGCACAUACAGCAGAGUAUUCAACAGUAAAGGUCAGUGUAAGAAAAAUGAAAGCAUUUUUAUGGGGUCUUUUGGCCCUUGUGCCCAUUCUAAAAGCUCAGGUGCCACACUGGGGGCCAUGUCCAGAGCCUGCUACCCAACCUGCCUUCAACUUGAAGAAGUUUAUGGGGAGGUGGUUCGAGAUCGCCAAACUUCCAGCACAGUUUGAGCGAGGGCGAUGCAUCGAGACGAACUUUACUCUCAUGCUGGAUGGAUCUGCCCGGGUUGUGGGCUCCGAGAUUCUUAAAGGAGAGUUAAAAACAAUUGAAGGGACUGCUGUGGUGGAAGACAAAAGAAAUCCAGCAAAACUUGGAAUCAGUUUCUCUUACGUCUUGCCAUACACUCCAUACUGGAUUCUGUCUACCGACUAUGAAAACUCAGCACUUGUUUAUUCAUGCACCGAUGUCCUGAGAUUGUUUCACGUGGACUUUGCUUGGAUUCUGGGCCGCACCCGAUCACUGCCCGCUGCCACCAUUGACCACGGCAAAGAGGUUUUUACCAAUAACAACAUCGAUGUGAGUCGAAUGAUCUUGAGCAGACAGCAGGGCUGUGACAAAGACCUUUAAACGAAAGCCAAAAUUAAACUCCUAUGCUUUCAAUAUUGAGAUGUGGUGGGUUGAAGGUCCUGGGAACAACUAAUAAGAUAAUUUCUGUAUUCAUAAUAAACAUCACAUGUACUCUCAAAGAAAAAAAAACAUGCAAUCUUGGAUUUAUAUAAUUUAAAUCUAUUUGUGCAUAAUUGAAAGCUCAAGUUUUCAGAGGAAAAUAAAUGCACUGCACUAAUAAAAACCACGAGUUGUGUACCAA